AUGUCUGACGACGAACGAAAAAGUUGGCCUGAAUAUGUUGGUAAAGAUGCCAAUGAAGUUGAACAGAAAUUACAAGCAGAAGGCUAUAAUACUCAAGUAUUACCACAAGGUUCACCAACUACACGUGAUUAUCGUCUCGAUCGUGUUCGUUUAUUUGUUGAUGGCAACAACAAAGUUGUUCAAACACCUAUCAACGGUUAA